UGUUCGAUCGCUCAUACAGGAAGUGGCGGGGGUUGUUGUUUACAGCAGCAGCGACAGUUUUAUCGGCGUCUUUUGUCGCCAACAAGCAGAAGACACUUUCUGACAAUGCUACGGUUAUUUUCGCCAAAUCGUUUAUGUACCAAAUGUGGCCGGUCAACAGCCCGCAAAUCUCAAUUUACUACACCGCGACAGCGUAGUGUUUUUAACCAGGAACAACGGCGAUAUGUCGGGGGUCCAGCUUUCAGUAAAUACCGGUCAAAGUCCACGAUUUGGAUAUGCGGUGUUGGUGUCGGGAUUGCAAUAUCUGUCGGACUGAAAUACAGCCUAGAUUCUGCUAACAGCUCCUGUGACGAUAAAGAUAGAAAGGGGGAUCGAUACGGAGAAGCCAUAAAAGUUAGCAGAGACCUUGUGGAGCGGAUAAAGGUAGGCACAGAGGAUGAAGUCGGGGCUCCUGGGCUGGUUGUGGGCGUCUCUGUGGAUGGGGCUCAUGUCUGGUGUGAAGGGGUCGGUUUUGCCGAUUUGGAGAAUCGUGUCCCAUGCACUCCUGAAACAGUGAUGCGGAUAGCUAGCAUCAGUAAGCCCCUCACAUCCGCAGCUGCUGCGCGGCUGUGCGAGGAGGGGAAACUAGACCUCGAUGUCCCGGUGCAGAAAUACGUCCCGGAGUUUCCCCAGAAACAAUUUGACGGACAAAAUGUUACAAUAACCCCUCGGAUGAUUCUGUCUCACCUCAGUGGAAUACGGCAUUAUGAAAAGGACGCGAAGAAAGUGAGGGAGGACAAGGAGAAAGCCAAGAGACUUUUAAGAGCGCCAGCUAAAGAGAAAGAGGAUAAAAAGGGCUCAUCCGAAAACACUGAGAAAUCCUCAACAGAUCAGACCAGUAAAGACAAGGACGCAGAGGGGAAGAAAAAGAAAAAAGAGUUUGAGCACGAGGAGUACUACUUGAAGGAGAACUUUGAGAGCGUCGUUGAGGCCUUGAACCUUUUUAAGGACGACCCACUAAUUUUUAAACCCGGCACCACCUUUCUGUACUCCACUCACGCCUUCACACUGCUCAGUGCUGUAGUGGAGCGUGCCGCCGGCCAGAACUUCCUGGAUGUCAUGACGAAGAUGUUCCGUGAGCUGGGGAUGCUCAAUACAGUGCCUGAUGAGAACGACCCUAUCAUUUACCACCGUGCCAGAUAUUAUCAUCACAACAAGAGAGGUCGUGUUGUGAACUGCCCAUACGUCGACAACUCUUACAAGUGGGCCGGGGGCGGCUUUCUUUCCACUGCGGGGGACCUGCUGCUGUUUGGUAACGCCCUGCUCUACAGCUACCAGGUGGCCCACCUGAAAGACGCCGAGGGCUUGCUCCCUGGUUUCCUCAAACCCCAAACAGCCGUAGAACUGUGGGCCCCGGUUGACAAAACGGAGGCCAGCUGGGAUAAGGAUGGACUGUACGCCCAAGCUUGGCUGGUAGUGGAGAAACUGCAGAAGUACGGCCAGUGCAGGAAGCGCAGGCACUACGUGUCGCACACGGGUGGCGCUGUAGGGGCCAGCAGUGUCCUCCUCGUGUUACCCAGUGAGGAACUAGACCAGAGUCGAGGAAGGACCUCGCUCCUCCCACAAGGGGUUGUUGUCACCAUCAUUACUAACAUGCAGUCUGUGGGACUCAACAACACAGCGCUGAAAAUUGCACAUGAGUUUGACAAAGCCAGGAGUUUGUGAGUGUAAGUUGUUUACAGAAAUGUCCAAGUUUACAUUUUACUGAGAGGUAUUUACGUACAUGGUGAUCCUCGCUAAUUGUGCCACGUUUGCUUUAAAAAAAAAAAGCGUCUGACACACAUUUUUAACAAAUAUAUUUAUGCAAAGUAAGAAUUUGAAUUGUAACAGGUAGUGACGCUGCUCUGCCACUAGGGGGCAUCAGUUUACUGCACUUCAUUCAACAAUGAUUGAUCGUUGGCUUUGGACUGAAGGUAGCGCAUUUAUUUUAAGAGUGAACACGGCUGCUCAGCUCCUUUUUGGAUUGCCGCAUUUGAGAGAAUUAAAAACAUUUCAUACUUUGUGGA